AUGUUCCUGCGGCGUUUUACUGACUCGGGGCCCGUUGUCAGCACGGAGCAAAUGCUCCGAGGCAGCUGCUGUGUAACUAAGGCUGAGGGAGCAAAGGAGCGAGUCAGCCCAAAAGAGCUACCGAGGACAGAUGCCAGUAAAGCAGCCCAGCUGAAACACCACAGGUUUCCUCCUGUGGUGACUUUUAGCUCCGCCGGGCGGGCGGUGGAGAGGAUAAGUUGGAUAUCUGAUAUUAUUGUGGUCGUCUCUCCUGAAAAUAUUGAAACAAUGAAGACCAUCAUUGAGAAAUAUGGCCACAAAAGAGUUACAGUAGUGAAAGGUGGAAUAACACGGCACCGAUCAAUUUUUAAUGGACUGAAAGUACUUGCAGAGAGUGAGUUUUCCAAAUACCUCCUCCAGAAGCCAGAAGUAGUGGUUAUCCAUGAUGCUGUGAGGCCAUUCGUUGAAGAAGAUAUUCUGUUAGAAGUGGUUAUGGCUGCUAAAGAACACGGGGCAGCAGGAGCAAUUCGUCCUCUAGUUUCUACUGUUAUUGCUGCUUCUGCUGAUGGCUGCUUAGACCACUCAUUGGAACGGGCCCGGUACAGAGCAAGUGAAAUGCCUCAGGCUUUCUUGUUUGAUGUAAUCUACCAAGCAUACCAGCAGUGUACUGACUAUGACCUGGAUUAUGGAACUGAAUGUUUGCAUCUGGCUCUGAAGUACUCCAAUACAAAGGCCAAACUAAUCGAAGGAACACCUGACCUCUGGAAGGUGACCUACAAGCGGGAUCUGUAUGCAGCUGAAUCGAUUGUUAAGGACAACCUAUCACAAGAAAUUUGUGUUAUUACUGAUGUGAAGGAAGAUGCGGUGCAAGUUGGUUUUCUCCUUCAUGAAUCUCUGAAAAGCCGAAUAAAAGUUGAAGUUAUAUCGAUAUCUCUAUGUAAAAAUGAUAACCAUCUACAGAACAUGGUUUCAGGAGGGUGCUACAAUUUUAUUUGCAUACAUGAUAAACGAUCUGCAUUUCAAGAAGCCCAGCUACUAGUGGAUAUAUUGGAAAAAUCAAAUAUCACUCCCUCAUAUCCAGUUAUGCUUAUUUCAGUGCACUUGAAUAGUUCAGAAAAUAUUUCUUUCAGCAUUGGAGUGGAAGAAUUAACUAGUAUCAAGAAAUUUGCAAGGGAAGUGAAAACGAAAAAUAUUUGGGUUUAUGGUCUUCUUAUCCAUUACGAGCUCGCAGCCCUGGAUGCUGCCACAGCCAUAGCAGUUUCAUGCUUGAGGGUGGGAAGGUUUCCUUCAUCCUGGAACGGCGGAGGCUCCCGAGGAAGCGCAGGCCCCGGGAGCACCUGCAGUGCAGGAGCUUCCCCGGGCGCCUGUUGCAACGUCGGGCGGUAUCCAGUAGUCCCUGACAGCUAUAGAUUUCUUCAGGAGAGGGGAGAAGAGACUUGGAGAAGACAAGAGCUGGGAAGCAUACAGCCUAACCCCCGCAGGGGUGACGCAGACAUUGGCACCCAGCUCGUGUCUGUUACAGAGGCUGCUUAUCUCUUCUACAUCAAAAGAAUGAAAACAGAAGCCAGGUUUUGGGGAGAGGACCAUUUGCUACUGCAGGAAGCGGUAAAUUCUGCUGCUGGUCUUAUCAUGGCAUUAGUAAAGGACAGAAACCCUGAGUUGAUUGCCCACCAUCGUCGAAGGAGACAGCCCCCCUCCCUGCUCCUGAAAGCCGGGUCGUGGUCUGGCAUGAGAAACCCUUCCUCGCUCCUGGACGGAGAACUGAGGCGGUCGGGCUCUGGCACCUCUGCGCUUCUCACAGCUGGGACUGAGAACAGAUGUCGCUUCCGUUGCCAGCUGAGGGCAGAUGAGCGGCAGCCGCCCGGAGGGACGGACCUCCUGCGCGGCAGCUGCGCGGACCCGCGCUCCACGCUGCCUGUUAGCUGGAGCAGGGCUGCACGCAGAGCGCUCCCACCAACGGGGAGACCGGCUGCUCCGAGGCCAGGCCCACCCCGAGCAGCCGCGCUCGGGUCUUGA